ACAGAACAGUUGCCCCUAGAUCGCCGCACCGAAUCAAACCCGAGUGAACGUUGUAACCGUCUUCGCUCCCGCGUUCGAAUUACGAAAACUUUUUGAAAAAUGCGUCGUUCCAGAAUUUGGAACGUUUUUUGAAUUUGUUAUUUUUCCGUUGGUUUAUAAUCUGUGGAGAUGAGUUGGUUAAUGAACUUUGUGAUGAAGUGGUCACUGUUGGUUGUACUCGGAGUUUCAGUGUUGUUUCGAUGUACGGAUUCUGUCGAUCUGCCACGGUUCGUGGGGGCGGGCUCCAACGUCACCGUGGCAGUCGGCAGAGAUGCAGCCCUCACAUGUAGAGUUGAUAAUUUACAAUCUUUUAAGGUGGCGUGGCUCCGAGUAGACACGCAGACAAUCCUCACAAUAGCUGCUCACGUCAUCACCAAGAACCACCGUGUCAGUGUCAGCCACGGAGACGGUGCCUGGACCCUCACUCUCAAAGAGAUCGGGCCAUCUGAUGGAGGCAGAUACAUGUGCCAGGUCAACACGGAGCCUAUGAUGAGCCAGACACAUCAACUACAGGUUGUAGUGCCACCAGACAUCGACGAUGACGCGAGUAGUAGCGAGGUGCUGGUGAAAGAAGGUGACAACGCGGCCCUGAGGUGUGUUGCUUCGGGCGUCCCGCCGCCAAACAUUGCCUGGAGGAGAGAAGACUCCAGGCACUUCAAGAUCAACAACCAAACUCUAGUGUCAAAAUGGACAGGCCAGUGGUUGAACCUAACUGGCGUGGAACGUGUGCUGUCAGGAGCGUACCUGUGCAUCGCCACAAAUGGAGUGCCUCCUUCAGUCAGCAAGAGGAUCCUGAUUAAUGUGAUAUUUGCUCCGUCGGUAUGGGCGGGAAGGGUAGCGAUACGAGCGCCCUCUGGCGGCUCCGUCACUCUCCAGUGCACUGCUGAAGCGUACCCGGUGCCUCAGGUCCACUGGACUCUGAAUGGAGAACAGCGGCUUGUGAAUGGUACAAAACACAGGCUGAGUAUGACGACCAGAGGGUACCGCCACACUGUGAGCCUGAUGGUGAUGGAGAUGUCCAGGGAAGACGCGGGGGCGUACCGGUGUCAUGUGGAGAACAGCCAGGGCAGAGCACAGGCUGAACUGUUCUUACAUAUGUUGACGACAACGACGACGACCACGACGACAACCACGACCACUACAACAACUACCACCACCACCACGUUACCGCCGCCGACAACAACGCUGCUACCAUAUGACACAGAAAGACAUUUGGAGCAGCUACAUCGCGGAGUGCUGGAAGAUCCAGGUCUCGACAACCCGUACAUUGUUCUCAGCCAACACCAAAUGCAGAACCUUGAAAUGGUGACGACGAUGUGACCUCCGGCGGGGGCGCGCGGCCAGUGGCGCGACGGCUGGCCGCCGCUGCACGACCGUGCGGGCCCCUGCACAGCGAGCGGGACCUUCCUCGCCCUCGCCCUCGCCAUAGUGCUCCAAGCGUGACAUUGAACAAACCAGUGAUAAAACAAAAGGUUGUUGAAACGGCUUUCACCAUUCAAUAUCGUUUGUGACGUAACGUUACCCAGUAUGACUACUACCCACGAAACUAUGACUUUGUACAUUGUAAUUGUAAUAUUUAAUUAAACAACGACUGCUGAUCACAAUUUUGUAUUGUUUACUGUAUAUAUUUUAGGGUCGAUUAUUAUAGACGUGGCUGUAAAUAAUUUUGCACGAAGAUAGUCAUAUCAAUUUAUAGGACACGAUUAUAAAUAAAGUAUUGUUAGAAGCGUCAGAUGUUAUCAGUAUCAAGAUGUCUGACUUGUGCAGAUGUUACUGGUUCCUUUCCAAGUUUAUGUAGAAUUCUUAAAGUUUAUUUUGUAAGUGAAGAUUAUGAGUGAUGUAAUGUAUAUGUGGCUCCAUUUAUAAAGUUGUGAACUGGAAGCAAUCCGCUUAGCAACAAAAUAUUUCAAGUGGGUUUGACAUUUUUAAAUAAUAAUAUUAAUUUGCACAGUCUAGAGUUUGAAACCAUUUACUUAAGAGUGCUUUCGUUUCUUUUAUUGUGACAGCGAUAGCCAAUCUACAUUUACACGCAGAAAUGUCAAGGUUCACCGUUUAAGUUUCACCCACUUUCCUAGGCACGUCCCUCACAGCGCCCUCGGCAACCAACUAGAAAUAUUCUUUUAAAGGACCGUUUUCAUUUUCACCAAAAUGAUUAUCUUAUUUUUACGUCACUCUGUAAUAUCUCCAGACGUGAUUUGGCAUGUUGCGUGAUGGAUGGUCCCAAACCCUUUCUAAGUUCAGAAUAACAUCUUUCGUUUCCUUAUUUUAAGGAAAUUACAGUGUCCAAGAAUAAUACAUCCAUCUUUUGGGAAAAAAGGAAGAUUUUCUCUUUUUAUAAAUAACCCCUGAGAUUGGUGUACACACCUAUUUGUAAAUUCCUAUGUAAGUAUAAUGUAAAGAAUUAAAUUGUAUUGAAAUGUUCCGUUGUAAAAUAUAAAAGUUUGGGAAUUGU